AUGACCGAUCCAACCCAAUUAGCGGUGCCGGCAGGUACGCAUCAGUCGUUUAGCAUCGAGCUAGAAUGUCUUAUUGCUUAUAUUCCAAUGGAGGGUAAAGAUCCAGAUGAGUUCACAAUUGAAGGACUACCCCCUUUACUACGAGUCAAUUUCGAUGGAGAUGAAGUAACAGAGAUACUAAGCCAUAUACUCGAUACUUUAGACAGCUACAGUGUUCCUGCCGUCAGCCAAUCGAGCGAUCCAAUCCAGUCAUCUAAGACUACUGACCUACCAUCACCCUCUCAAGAUAUCGACCCUUCAGUGUGGGCAAUUAGCGCCACAUCUAGUGCGAAUGAGUAUUUCUUAGCCGGUUACUUUUGGCAGACCCUUAGGAUUCGUAGCCCGGUAAUGUGGUCACAAGAGGAAUCAUUUACACAGAUCCAAUUCAUAGUUAACCUCCUAACAUCCAAUUACCGCCUCCGCGUUAACCCGACCUGCAAUUUCAGCGUUCGUGUCGGGAACGGUACGAGUCUGUUCACAGAAGCAACUAUUAAGAGAAUAGGGGCCUUCCUCUGGGCUGCAGACCCGAUGUUUUCGCGCCUCCACGCACCGUGGCGAAGAGUCAAUGACAAAAGUCAAAGCAUCCGUCUCGAAAGCAAUCUCGCUCGCGAUACUACAGCUGAACAGGUUUCUGGGAAAUGGGAGGGUGGGUGGCUUAGGGAAUAUGACCCAAUUACACUUACCGAGAUUUCUAAUAAGGUACCCCGAGAAGAAAGGGAACGUGGUAGUAAGGAAAAGGGGGCAGAAUUUGCAAAGUGGCGUAACGAGGUAGGCCCGUUCAUGGCACUAGGCAAAGAUAUUGAUGAUAUUAACAGAAAUGGCAAUGACGGCAGUAAUAAGAACGAUAAAAGCAACAAGGAUAAUAAUAGCAGUAGCAGCGAUGAGAGCAGUAGUGACGACGAUGAAUGGUGGGAUAAAUCCUUAGCCAGAAGUGAGGAGUCAGAAAUCCGGUUACCAUUACUCGAUGAUGUGUUAGCUGAAGGACACAGAGCACUUAAAGAGGACCGACAAAUCCACGCCCCACCCGAUCUCAAUACGCUAUAUCGUAAUGUAGGAUGGGCAUUUUGGGACAAAUCUCAAGACCCAAGAAUGGUCAAUUGGCUUUACGAAUAUUGCCAGGAAAAUUAUGGACACACGAAACUCUAUAAGCUUCCUGCCCAAGAACAGAUCACUCUCGUUCUUCGAACCCAAUGCGCCGUCCUUUAUAACCAUACAGACCUACGUGAGCUAAACGGGGACCAAGAAUAUGACGUCCUAGUCGCUGCUUCUCAAUAUAUAUCGGCUUCGCGCAGCUCGUGGGAAUGGGAUGUUGACACCGAAGAGUGGGAGCUCGCAUGGCGACGCGUGGGCAACAUCAUCCAACACCCGGCUGCCCAUCGGGAGAUCAAGAUUGACGCGCCACAAGUCAUCGAAAAGUUCGAGAACCUAGUCAAGUUAACCGAUUUACACAGCGAGGAUAACGAGCUAGGCAUCCAGUAUCUUAACCCGCAAGACCACAUUGAGGCAAUAUCAACGAAUAAGGGUAUUGAGGAACUGCUUGACGAUCUGAAAGAUUACGCCGAUCCCAUUGACCCUAACUUCAUGGAUUACCUAGCGGAUCCGAGGGGGAUAGAAUGGUUCGACGGCCUGAGAGUGAAUUCAAGCUCUUCUGUUUAUUCAACGAAUACCCCCUCUAAUAACCCCAACGACCAAUUUCCCCCCGAAGGAUUCUACGGCGAGGGAUGGAAGGCAUUAAUGAAAGACAUCCGGAAAUUCGGCAGAAUCGCCGGGACGCGCAGCGCGCACGAUUCCGAUUCCACCUUCUCCUUCCCAUCGUCCUCAUCUGUGUAUUCCGUCCGCGUCCCGUCCAAUCCCCCCUCCGACCCCCCGGUCGAAGACCUGGAAGCAUCCUACGACCAAAAGAUGGAGGAUGUAUGGGACUACAUCCAAAACCUCGAAACCCCCGACUCCCAACUCGAAGACAUGUUCCAGUCCCGCAUCGCCGACAACAACAGUGACCUGGAUUCCGGUCCAACCGUCACCGCCGAACAAGGGGUCACCAAGAUCACCGCAUGCGACACAGCCACCACCGCCGCCGAGCCCCUGUGUCGCGAGAGUCUGCAGCUGAACUACGACUUCACGCCGUGCUCAGUGAGCUCGCUCAAGACCCCGCCCGACCCUAUACAGCGAAUGAUCGACUUCCGCGAGGUAGGCGGGUCGCUUGACGCGGGGUGGAUCACCACAUGGGCGCGCAUCUGCACGGGGAUCGUGCGCUGGGCGAGCUGCGUGAGCGCGGAUGAGUAUAUGGGAGUUUUAGACGAGGUUUUGGCGCAGGAUAGGCGCGAGUUGAAGACAGUGGCGGUGGAGAAGGAGAUGGGUGGGGGCCCUGAUGGGAAAGGGGCUGGGGAGGAGGAGGGAUAUGAUGUUUGUUGUUUGUUGGAGGAUUUGGGACUGUUUCCUGAGGCGGCGUGGGUUUGGAGACGGCAGUUGGGGGCUGGGUCCUCGAGGUGAGGAAGUUGGGGGGGUUGGUGUUGAGGUAGGUAGGUACUGAGGUAGGUUGAUUUGUCUUCAUUUCGGUAUUGUUUUCUUUCACUGGUUUAUUUAAUACAUACCUAAUUUAUAUGAUUUUAUUUCAA